AUGCCCGAGAAGCCCACCCGCGCCCAGGCCACCGUGGCCGCAAAGCUCACAUGGCUAUCCAAGUACAAGGGCCAGUUCCUCAGCCCAUCCAUCUGUUCGCGAAACAACAUCGACUUGCAUCAUCUAGACCUAGAGGACAUUACCCAAUCGACAGGUCCGCUUUGCUUCGAGCCACUAACCAAGACCCUCCUGACGCGAUAUCCGAUCGACCAAGAUUUCCUGGCCCGCGUGAAGAAAACCAAGCCCGAAUUUCUGGACAUAGGGGAGUAUGAGGCCAUGAUGGAGGCAGGGAAGAAUGAUCCCCUGGCCGGAACCCCUCGCCAUGUCCUGUGGGGUCUUCCACGGGUGCUAUCCCGCCAGAUGCACGACGUUGCGCGAAAGCACAUCCCACAAGGACAAGGGACGUCCAUCUCAGACGUCACUUGCUGGAGUCGAGCUACCUACCCGGAGAACCCCGUCGCGGGAGCCUACACCAUCGAUAGAUUCGGAUUCACCGAUUGGCGGCAUAACGUGCACACCAUCAAUGUCGUCGAGAACGACCUCUAUCCGCAUGUCUACGAACUGGCGUAUAUGCUCAAGGCCAUGGAAUUCCGCCUUGCGGAGGGCUUGUUUGACAAAGAUCAACCCCAGCCAGUAUUGAUGGUUUCCUUUAUGGUGCCGCGGCAUGGUCGUAUCCUCCACGCUCACAUCAAUCGUGGCAUCAAGCUGGUCAUUUCCCGUAGCAAAAUGUACAGCUUUGAGAACUCCCAAGGAGCGCCUUUUGAGUUGUUUUACCGGUGGUUUCUGGGAAUCCCAAUGGGGGUUCAGCCGAGAGAGCUGCCUGGUACCAGCAACAGUGAGAAGAGUGGAAGCGAUCUGAAGCGCAAACUUGGAGUUGAUGAAAAUUCUCCGCCCGAGCCGAAGAAAGAAUCAAAGAAGGGAAAGAAAAAGAAGCAGUAA